ACUCAUCUUGAAACCAUGGAGAACCCAAACGAAGCUACGCUUUUUGUGGAUGCCGACGAAGACCACAUGGAGUCUGAAACAGACCACAUCAUCAGCCAGAUUAGUGACGACGUGUCCCUGGAGGCUGGUAGCGACAGUGGUAGCGAUUUCUCCUCUGAUCCCCUUGAUGCCGAUCCAGUGGUGCAAUCAAUCCCCUUAUUUAUGAACACAGCUCCUGCUGCUGGCCAGUCGCUCCACCUUCUACAGUACACCGGGAAGUCUAAGCGCAGCCCAGCACCGCUUCAUCACUUGCGGGCCAGCAUCAAGCCGGAGUCUAAUUUUUUACAGGUGACACUUCCGUUGGACACCAGCAAGUUUUACGACGACAGUAAAGCAGAAGAAUGGGGAGUACAAGUCGAGGAGCACGACCAUACUGGUGUGAUGAACCAGACCAACGGUGGGAUCUACGCCGCCAAGUUUGUUGUUGAAGAUGGCCAUCGUAAGGUGGUGCUUGUGCCAGUGGUUUCCAGUGUGCAGUUGAGACCAUCUUUCAAGUACUUGGACGAAGCCGAGAAUGUCAAAUUACAACAAAAGAGAGAUAUGGCCGAGCCGCCACGUGCUGGGCCUCAGAACGUCCAUAUCUUGCAAUCUUCUUCCAAGACCAAUAAAAGCAUUCCAUCCGAUCCACUUGCCAAUGCCAGCUUAGGUGAAUCUUUGAGGCAUGUGAGGCGAUUCGACCAGGAGGAUUGGAAACCGGUGAGGUGGACUGAAGCGACCCCUGAAUUGUCCAAACAGAUCAUCAAUACUAGUGACAGCCAGUUUAUCACCGACACGAAGUUGGCACAAUACUUGGAUCAGUUGACUCACUGAGAGUAUUUAGGGAUUUAUGUAUAUUAGAGCAUAUAGCACACUACUAAAAUAAAAGUCAUCGUGCGGCUUG